GUUGUCCCAGCGAAGAGGUUGUUUUAACUCAUAACUUUUCGUCCGUCUUUUAUGUCAUUCUGAUCCUACUGCUGAUUCAAAUAAAGCAGAAUAUUUCAGUUCACUUGAAAUAUGAAUUUAAAAGAUCUUCCUCCUGAAGAACGUAUGAAAAUCGUUGCUCUUUUGGCAGAGAAAAAGAGCACAAAGGGGGAUUCAUGGAUGUAUGAGAAACCGAAAGAAGAUCCUGAAGCCUUUUUAUUGGGCAAACAAGUGCAAAGCUUAAGUCAAAUUCAAGAAAUUAGUAAAGAAUAUGAAGAGUCACCUGCUCAGCGGCUUGCUAGAUUUGAUAUGGAAGCCAAAUUUCGUGAAGAUCCCCUAACCAUCAUGAAGCAGCGAGAAGCAGAAAAACGGAUGGAGUUGCUUAAGAAUACAGCUAAAAUUAAAAAACUUCGAAGACUUUUGACGGAACAGAAAUUGCGUAAAGAAAAACAUAAAAGUAAAAAACAUUCCAAACGAAGACAUCAUCAUAAAAGUUCAGAUGAAUCAGAAGAAAUGAGUUCAGAUGAUGAACUACUUAAUAAAUUCAUUAAAAUUAUUCACCAAUCUGAUGAAAUGGGAAAGGUUAGCUCACAAAAAUCUCCCACUAAAUACAAUAAUGAUUCAUAUGAUACUGAUCACAAACAAUCUUCAAGUUCAUCUAAUCAACGGCAUGCAAUAUCAGAUCAAAAUUGUUCAAAUCUAAACAAAAAGCAUUCUUUAACAUAUAACCAAAGAAAUCAGUCAAUGUCAUCAAAUUCAGAAAGAUCUGACUAUCGUAAAUCAUCAACUAAUCACCGGAAAUUAUCCAAAGAAGAGAUUGAAGCUAAGCGAGCCCAAAUGAUUUCUGAUGCAAAAGAACAUGAAAAACAACGUUCACAUCGUUCAACUACUCACUAUACAAUGAAAAAUAUUGAAGAAAAAAAAGAAUUAGCCUCGAAAUUUUCUCAUGGACCAUCAUUUAUCAGUCAUUUGAAAAACCAACAUGUUGACAUGACUACGGUCGAGGAAGGUAUUCAUCGUAAGGCUAGUAGUCGUCAGAGAGGUGAACUUCAUGAUAAUUUUAUCAAACGGUAGAACAAGUCUUGAAAUUUUUUUUAGAAUACAUUAUAAAUUGCCCAAUUGUAAAUAAAAUGUGCAUUCUUCAAUAAAGUGUAAGUGUGUCGUCCCGAUAAUAGAUUCUACUGGUCUUCUUUAACUGAAUUGAUUCUCAUGCUGUAUACUUUUGUUGUUUAUACAUUGGAUUCAUUCGUUACUUUUGAUUGUACUCACCUCUCUUCUUUCAUACAUUCUUAUUUUAUUUUAAUGACUAAUUGUCUGUCUUAAUAAAAUGAAAAUAAACACGCAAACUGUAUCAUUGAAACAGAAUAAAAACGUUUGUUGAAUCGUGUAUCAUAUCAACCAUUAUCUCUUACUGUUGUUAUUCAUUUGAUUCAAUCCUUAGAUUUAUUUCAGGGAAAAACCAUUUACUGCUAAAUAUUUUGUAAAUUAAAAUUUCUACUUUUUUGAGUCGAAACGCUAU